AUGGCCGACGCCAUGAUGAGCGCCGCUCCACCGUCUGAUGCCUCACCGGAAGACCUGAUGAACACAAUGAAUCAACUAAAACGCAUGAUUGAGAGCAUGCGAGAGAGGGGCCCGGAGGAGGGCCCGCCACUCUCCUAUCUGCCUUCCAUGAGUCAAGACGGUGCCUCCGCAUCUGCCGGGUAUGAAAAUCAUGGCCAGGAGAUAGAAUAUCUUCGAAGAGAGGCGGAGACGCGUAAGAAAGAAUUGAAAUCCAUGCAGCAGGGACUGGAGAGCGUCAAGAACGUCACAAAGCAACUCGAAGAGGCCUACAACAGCUUGAAGAAGAUGGUCAACGAGAGUCUGCAAGGUCUCCAAGGCCAGCUGUCACUCCUCAUCAAUACGUGCCCGCUCCAAGGGGACGAUCCUUUCGCCUAUCCGCCGCUUCCUAGCGCAUGA